AUGAGUCAAUUCGAAGCCGAGUUAGACCACGUCGUGGUUGCGGGUUCUGCCACACUGCUGCCUUUACUACCCCGCCGAAAGGAUAUUGGCAAGAUAAAGGAGGCACCAACAAUAGAAAAGCCAUGGGAGGCUUACUAUAGACACGUUGCGAAAUCGAGUGACAUUGACCUUUUCCUCUAUGGUCUGGAGAGCGAAGACGAUGCGAUCAAGCUAAUAUACGAGAUAGAGCGCCAGGUACGGGAACGACAAGGGCUCGCACAAGGAGCCGGUCUAACUUUACGGUCUGAAAAUGCCAUCACAUUUAUUGCACCUCGAUGGCCGUAUCGCCACAUCCAGGUACAACACGUUGGUGACCUUCAAGGGCUAGCGCGUCUACUAUGGUCGGAGUACAAUGUCAAGGGUCGAUUCACCGUGUAUCGUAUCGCCCGACACCGGUACCUACGGACCCUGAUGCGAAUCAAUGAUGUCAAUGUGAAUCCAUCAUCACCGAGCGCCUACGCGGCCUACGAUGUUCCAUAUGGGGAGCGUUAUGAUGCAGAAGAAAUUCGAAAAUUCAUCCUUAGUUCCUUUCCCAACGCGUUUUUCGGAACUGUUCGAGAGGCCGUACCUCUAGACGAGGAAGCCAAUGAAGAAGAUUCAAGGAGUGGCAGAGUACGCUUCCUGGUGCAUGAUCCAGGACGCCAGAUGAUUGGGAGUCAUAACCCAAUAGUGACUGAAGAUGAUUGGACUGAAGAUGCAUAUAUAUAG